UGGAACUUUUUUAAAAGACAAAGCCCAAAGGUUGCCAAACCGGUUUUCCGGUCCAACCGACUAAUAAAAAAAACCCAAAUACAAAACCUACAUGCAGAAUCAUAUGUUUUGUUCCAAGUUUCAAUACCGAAAACUAACCGUAAGACCCUUCUCUCCUUUCUCUCCCAUAACCCAAACCCUAACUCGAAGUUUUGAACCACCCAAUGAUGGCUAAUAAUCGCGGCUCCGACCGAGAAACCGACCCAAACAUCCGACUUUACAACCCAUACCAGGACCUAAACCUCCAAGUUCCCAUAACCAACCUUUACAAGCUCCCUACCUCUCCGGAGUUCCUCUUCGCCGAGGAAUCCGUCUAUCAACGCCGCUCUUGGGGCGAAAAUGUAACCUUUUAUACCGGUUCCGCUUAUUUAGGCGGCUCUGUAUCCGGCGCGGCCUUCGGCCUCUUCUCUGCUCUCAGGAAUUUCGAGCCAGGCGAUUCUUUGAAACUGAAAAUCAAUCGGAUCUUGAAUACUUCGGGUCAUACGGGUCGUUCAUGGGGGAACCGGAUCGGGGUGGUGGGCUUGAUUUAUGCAGGGAUGGAGAGUGGGGUCGUGGCGGCAACUGAUCGUGAUGAUGUCUGGAGUAGCGUGGCGGCUGGCCUUGCGACCGGAGCUGUUUGUCGGGCUGCGAGAGGGGUGAGGUCUGCUGCGGUUGCAGGUGCGCUUGGUGGGUUGGCGGCUGGAGCGGUUGUUGCUGGGAAGCAAGUGUUGAAGAGAUACGUGCCUAUUUAAAGGAAUAAAAAAAUGAAAUUUUCAGUGAGUAAUACUUCGUAAAGUCGGAAAUUUUGAUGGUGGUAGGUUAAAUUUGAAAAAAAAAAUGAUAAUAGGUUUUGGAUGUGAAUUUGAUUGUGGUGAAUAAUGGCACUUUUGGAUUAAUGAUUUUUGUAACUUUCUUCUUUCUAUAUUAAUGGAUCGGGUAUUCGAUCAAA